AUGUCGAGAUCAGGAAGUUAUAGUUCGGGUUCACGCACACCAAGCUACUCUCGAGGCUCAUCGGCUCGAUAUCCGCCGGGUACGCCAGAUUUCGAUAGAUAUUCGCGUUCAUCUUACUCUCGAUCAGGCGCCGAGUCUCCAGACUAUGAUCAGUACUCGGCGUCGUCGUCUGUGUCAAAUGGGAGAUAUACCGCAUCAGAGUCCAUUAGGUCAUCAUAUAGCAGACGUUCAAGUAGAUAUGGGAAUGAGUCGCCCCUCCAUUCAUCGGUCAGAGGCGACGAGCGAUCCGAAUCCGGCUCUCUUCGUCAAAGCAGACGCUUGAGCGAGAAGAAUGGACCCUUGACGAGCAAGUCGGUCAGCUUUGACCCUGAUCAAGUUUCGCCGGCAAGCGAAGACGAGGAUUAUGAAGCAAUCUCACCUCGGUCUAAAGAAGUAUCAGUGUCACGUCGUGAGAGUGCAGCGAGCAAUGUCGCGUCUACGCUUGGGCGAGCAUCGAGUUCCGUCAUGGAAAAGGUCGAGCAAGUGCGGGACUUUUGGAAGAUGUUCUACAUUAAAUGGGGCACUCCCACUUUAGUAGUACUCAUACUCAUACCAGCCCUGUACUAUGGUCGCGAAACGGUAUUCGACAUGAUGGAUCUCGUUCGUGGCGCCAGGAGGCAGUUGAAUUCAAAACUUGACGACAUCAAGUAUGAUGCCGAAAUCCAAGCCGGGAUUCCUCAACCAUUCAACUUGACUGCUCAUCUUGAGCCAAUUUGGCAACAGUAUUCCGAUAUCCUGGAUAACAAGGACUACGAGACGUGGUUUUUUAAUGCACGGGAUGCCGAGGAUGCAAUUCUGGCCAUGUGGAAUGCUCUUCCUACAAGCAACAACAAGACAGUCGAUGAGAUACAGCAGGACAUAAAAAUGAAAGGAUUCAUCGACUAUCGCAUGGCGCUGCGAAAGAGAUCCGAGGUUAAUCUGGAAAACUUUCUUCUUUCCCGGAGCCGAGUAUUGGGAGAAAUGCUUCAACUGACCAACUCGUGGGGUCGGUAUGUGCACAAUACACUGAGUUUGAACAGCUCGAAUGCUGUAAUCUUGGAACCAAAAGAGAAAGAACGAUUCGCAGCAUAUGGAUUUACGGAGAACAGCACUACUGGAAACGAUCAGGUCGAAAACAAGACUGCUUACGUUUUGGAUCAUGCAGCAGAGCGUCUUCUCAACAACAUGAUUAAACUACAUGAUGGUCUCGUUAUUACUCGCGAGGCGCACUGGCCAAUGGAGAAGGCGAAUGCAGACUGGAGCGACACGCCGACGAAAAACUCGUCUGCAGAGGAAAUCGACGAGUGGAUGCUGAAGUCGUUUGCAUUACAUGACAUCAAGCACGCCCGUGAGCUCGAGGCCAGAUUCAUUGACAGUCUCGUCAAGCAGAGUCCAUACGCAGAAUUGUGGGACAAUGGGAGAAGUCACUCCACCAGUCUGCAGACACUCGAAGAAAAGUUGGCAUCAUUGCAAUUUCACUUGUACGAACUCAGGCAAAAGAUUGUGGCAGCCCUGGGUCAAUUGUCGAUUGAAUCUGUCAUCCAGAUACCCGACCAGGAGCCUAGGAUCAUUCCCUUACAUUUCUGGGCACAGAAUGUAGAUGAAAUACUGGCUACGUGUGGUAAAACUCUCCAAAAACCAAGCCAGUCCUUGACACGUGCAGAAAUUCAUUAUGGUACACUAAAGGCCAACAUGGCACAAUUUCGUGGACGACAACAGCUGAUACGUUGGCGGCGCGAGAACUGUGGUGACACGACAUGCUUUGAUCUUGCGCCUGGUGGUGCCUGGGGGCGGUUCGUUGGUGCUGCUCAGCAGGGCUUGAGUCUGAUGAGUCCAGGGCAGCCAAGGAAGCCAUUUGCUCGGCGGCCCCCGAAGAUGGUAGGGUUGGAGAGACAGGAUGGAGAAAAGACGGAAGCAGUCAAGGCUGGUCAAUACGAAAAGAGGUGCUGUGGAUGGUCUGGAGAAAACUUGUGGUUGGAUUAUCUGCGAUUCGGUGCAAAAGAGCUCGUAUACUUGGAUCCAUACAGAAUCGAUUCUCCUCGAGAACAGGUGGUGGAGACGGAGCAGGAUACUGAGAGCUGA